AUGGCUUCCUCUCAGCGUGGCCGCGCCAUCCGCGCAACCUCCGCCUUGUUCCGCCAAGCUGGCCUUCUUCCCCGUUCCUCGCCCAGCUCCGCGCUCCAUCCACCCCCAUCACCCUCCGCGCCUGCUCCGCCGAAUCUGCAAUUACUCCGCGCAAUGUCCGCUGGCCUCCCGCUCCACCAAACCCCCUCAGCCACAGCUAGCGUCCCCGCACUUCCUUCUACACGGGUUGGGUUGCGCGCGCUUCUGCCUCACGGUCCUGAGUCCCUCCCGUCUGGCGCCUCAGCACGGGCAGGAUACGCCACGGUGGCAGUCUCCAGAGACCCGCAAUUUGCCACGUUGGAAGAUGCUGACGUGGAAUAUUUCAAGGGGAUUCUAGGCGAACGUGGCGUGAUCACGGACCCUGACGCCGUGGCAGCAGCCAACGUGGACUGGAUGGGCAAGUACAAGGGGAAUAGCAAGCUGUUGCUGCGGCCAACCACAACAAGCCACGUGGCGGACGUUCUGAAGUACUGCAAUGAGAGGCGGUUGGCUGUGGUGCCUCAGGGUGGCAACACGGGGUUGGUGGGCGGCAGUGUGCCUGUGUUCGAUGAGGUGAGUGCGGACGACACGGGGGUGGCUGUGAGCGGCAUCCUGGACUGCGAGGCGGGGUGCAUCCUCGAGUCCCUCGACACCUUCCUGGCUGACAAGGGGUUCGUGAUGCCGUUGGAUCUAGGCGCCAAGGGCAGCUGUCAGAUAGGCGGCAAUGUCUCCACCAACGCGGGCGGCAUCCGCCUGCUGCGAUACGGCUCCCUGCAUGGCUCCGUGCUCGGGCUGGAGGUGGUGAUGGCGGAUGGCACGGUGGUGGACAUGACGAGGGCGCUCAGGAAGGACAACACCGGCUACGACCUCAAGCAGCUCUUCAUCGGUACAGCUGGGGAUGGGAUCAUCACUGUGGUGGCUGCACACAACACGUUCUCAACCCCACCUCUCUGCUUCUCCCCCCGCCCCUUCCAACCGUCCCGGCCACCAGGAGCGGAGGGCACGCUGGGCGUGGUGACGAGGGUGGUGCUGCUGGCACCCCCACGCUCGCCCUCAGUGCACGUGGCGCUGCUGGGGUGCUCCUCCUUCGAUGCUGUGCAGCAGGUGUUUUGUGCCAGCAGGCGCCACCUGGGGGAGGUGUUAUCUGCUGCGGAGUUCUUCGACCGCAGCUCCCUUCAAAUGGUGCUGAAGCACAACGAGGGCACGAGGGACCCGCUACCGGAUGGGGAGUAUCCCUUCUACGUGCUCAUUGAGACGUCCGGCAGCAACCCUGACCACGACCGGACGAAGCUAGACGCGUUUCUGGAGGGCGUGAUGGAGGCCGGAGCCGUGGAGGACGGCACGGUGGCUCAUGACUCCACGCAGGCUGCUGCCAUCUGGCACCUGCGCGAGACCGCUGUGCUCUGGCACCUGCGCGAGGUGAGAUGUGGUGAGGUGGCUCCUGCGCAAGGUGCAGUGCGCCCGUUUCUCAUUGUUCUCUACAAGUACGACCUGUCUUGCCACAGCUCUAUUGCCUCACCACCCCCAUCCCUUUCCUCCUCCCCUCCUCCUGUGUGUGCCACAAUCAGGGAGUGGCGGAGGCGCUGCAGCGAGCAUGAGCGGUGUACAAGUACGACCUGUCGGUGCCCGUCUCACAGCUCUACACCGCAACCAUGCUCUCCCCGUCUCCUCCCCCAUUUUUCUCCUGCUACCCUCCUUCCCCUCCAUCAGGGAGUGGCGGAGGCGCUACAGCGUGCAGGGGCGGUGUACAAGUACGACCUGUCGGUGCCCGUCUCACAGCUGUACGGCCUCGUGGACGAGAUGCGCUCCCGCCUAGAGGGCAGUGCAGCGCAGGUGGUGGGGUACGGGCACUUGGGCGAUGGCAAUCUGCACCUCAACAUCUCCGCUCCCACGUAUGACGACAAAUUGUUGGAGCGGAUAGAGCCAUUCGUGUACGAGUGGGUGGCGGGGCGGCAGGGCAGUGUGAGUGCGGAGCAUGGGCUGGGGCUCAUGAAGGCCAACGCCAUCCACUACAGCAAAGACCCCCAGGCGGUGCGCUGCUGCCUCUCUGCCCAGCUCUCCCUAGCUCUGCCUCUUGAGUGCUCGCAUAGCUCUCUCUUCUCAACACCUCCCUGCCUGGGCUAUACAUCGGAGCCUCUCGCAUUAACCCACCGUGUGUGUCGUGUGCAUGGCAUGCAGGUGGCGGUGAUGAAGAGGGUGAAGGCUCUCUUUGACCCCAACGGCAUCCUCAACCCCUACAAGCUGUUGCCCUCCUCGUGA